UCCUUCCGCUUCCAGUUUCUCGAAUCAGCGCCCUACACUUCCGGUGUAUCCUAAUACCGCUUCCCCCAGCUGGUAUCAAAGCACCAGCUAAUCCUUGUCCAUCUCCGGGUCUUUUUUUGCUACUAGUCGCCUUCCCCAGCAUGAUGUCCCUUUUGUCCCGGCUCUUGGACUGGUUUCGCUCGCUCUUUUGGAAGGAGGAGAUGGAGCUCACCCUGGUCGGGCUCCAGCACUCGGGAAAAACCACGUUCGUCAAUGUUAUAGCGUCAGGUCAGUUCAGCGAGGACAUGAUACCGACUGUUGGGUUCAACAUGCGCAAAGUGACAAAAGGCAACGUGACAAUCAAGAUCUGGGAUAUUGGAGGCCAGCCUCGAUUCCGUAGCAUGUGGGAGCGCUAUUGCCGUGGUGUUAAUGCAAUAGUAUACAUGGUAGACGCUGCGGACCGAGAAAAGAUUGAAGCUUCCCGUAACGAGCUGCACAAUCUUCUGGACAAACCUCAGUUACAGGGAAUUCCGGUUUUAGUGCUUGGAAACAAGCGUGAUCUCCAUACUGCACUGGAUGAGAAGCAGCUCAUCGAAAAAAUGAACCUUUCUUUGAUCCAGGAUAGAGAAAUAUGCUGCUAUUCCAUUUCCUGCAAAGAGAAGGAUAACAUAGAUAUAACGUUACAGUGGCUGAUCCAGCAUUCCAAGUCACGACGCAGCUAAAAAGCUCUGUAGCGUUAAUCUGCUUCUCUGCACCCUGAGAUCGUGCCCUUGCCUCACUGCUCUGCACAUUUAGAUGUGCCUUCCUAGUCCAGCUCUGCGUCCUGGGAUGAGCUUUCAAGUCAUGAUUAUCUCUUUCCUGCUUAACUCUGUGAAGGACAUCUCCUCAACCUACCAGGUUACCCCCACCCAUCAGCACCCUGCUCUUAAAUUCCAUCUGGUAAUUCCUUUCUACAGCAAGUGUUUUCUCUGCUUGUUCUCAGCCCUGAACCAUCCUCUUAAGUUGUAUCCUUCCUCUGGCCAAUCCUUUUCCCACCCAUCUCCACCUUCGAAUAAGCUCCUCUCUACUUUCCAUUCUGCAACAAGUACUUGUUCCCAUAUUUGGGAUUUAAAUUUGUCAGCUCUUCCCUCCUUUCUUAUAAUUUUGGUUAUGCACCUAUAUCCCAGCAGGCUCUCUCUCAUGUGAAAUUGUUUCCUUCCAUCUCAAUUGUUAUGGAUAAUUCUGGAAUUUACUACGUUACUGCAUUCAACUUUGGAUGUGCAUUUUUCUCCCUGCCUCCCGUACUGGAACACACCCUUUGCUGCAAUCUAGGAUGUGCCAACACUUUCUGCAUGGAGAUUAUGCAAUGCUAGUGUCAGUUUGGAUAAUGUCCCUUGCUGAGAACAAUAGAAGGCCAGACUCUUUUAUUGCACUACAGGAAGUAGCAUUCCUUGAUUUUAAUGCAGGACAAUAUUUAAUGUGCACAUUUAUUACUAAACAUAUGUAAAACAAUACACUUUGAGAAGAACAGAGAGGUCAAAAGUAAGGCAGCAGAAGAGUUAUAUAUGUAAAUUUGCAAUGGGACAUGAGACUGUUACAAACCCUCUGUUGGCGUGGCCAAUGCUGCAUUUACCAAACGUAUGUGGGAGCUUUGCAUGGGUUCAUCCAUGUGCAAAGUAGGCAGAUCAAAGACAUUUGUUGGCCAUGUAAAAUUUAUGGCUAGCCGUUUUUAGGUCAAGCAUCAUGCCCCAUUGGACUUUCAUCGCAGACAUAUGCUAUAGAGCAGUGCUAAGCAAAGUCAUGUGUGGUGUGCAGGGCAGUGUCUUCCAUGCAGAGCAUUAUAUAUCCCUCAGUAUGCAGAGGUAUUAGCAGUAGGAAGAAAGCAUUCACACUGCAAAAUUCCUCCCUUCUACCCUUCAGUCUAGUGGUCUGAUAUAAUUGCAUCACUUGUACUGGUGGAGCUCCGUCCAGCUCCGUCUUCCAUUGCUGAGCCUACUGUGACCUGCACAGGAGCCCGGCCCCCUUUUUCCCCAAAAGGUAAAUAUGUUUGUGACACUGUAGUUUCUGCUGCAAUUAAAGGUUGCUUUAACUCACGGUACACUGCUGCUAUUUAUAGUUUGUUUGGCCUUUUUCUUUUUUGCUUGUGCCUAAAACAUAAGGAAAUCCACAUAAAUAGAUUGUUUGCUCACUCUGCUUGCUUGGAAGCGGUGAACUAAAAGAUUUUGUUAUUAUUUUUUACAGAACACCUUAGUGUUUCUCACGUGGUGCCUUAUGCUUCAGCAUCACUUAGUAAAGGGUCACUGAAGGCUUAUAAAUUAUAUGUUCCCCUAAUCUUGUUAUUUGCUCCAGAAUCUAACUGCCAUGUUGAUUACUAAUCCUAUAUUUUGUACAUGAAGGAUGUUCAAAGUGAAACCCAAGGCUUCUAUCGGCUGUUGGGCUGAAUUCAACUUCUGAAACAAGAGGUAGCUCCCAAAAAUCUUAACAACCAUAAUGUUAAACCUAGGAUUGCCUUGGAGCCUCCAUAUGUGCUACCAUGGAUGUAAAUGCAUGUUUACUACAUCAUAUUGAUUAUCACUGUAAAUAUACCUUAAAUGGCCUUGGAAAAUAUAUAUACAAGUAUGGGAUCCAUUAUCCAGAACCCCAUUAUCCAAAAAGCUCCCAAUUACGGAAAGGCCAUUUCCCAUAAACUCCAUUAUAGUUGUCAAAUAAUCCAAAUUUACAAAACAAUUUUCUUUUUCUCUGUAAUAAUAAAACAGUAGCUUGUACUUGAUCCCAACCAUGAUAUAAUUAAUUUUUUUUUAUGGUAAACCCAGCCUAUUGGUUUUAAUUAUUGUUUAAACAAUUUUUUAGUAGACUUAAGGUAUAAAGAUCCAAAUUACUGAAUGAUCUGUCUCUUCCGCCCAUAUUGUACAAUAACAGUGAGCAAACUGUGGCUUUCCAGCAGCCUAUGAUGUUUAACGUGCCAUUAAAUAAUUGAAAAACCAAAUAGUCCCAGAAUACUUAGCUGUGUACCAGAAUAUGCUACGUUUGUGGGUUUUAUAUGCUAUUUUAACUGUACAGACUUUUGUUCCAAAAUUGGGAAGCUUAUUGUAUUUUAUUUAUGGAAAUAAUGUUGAUGAGAAAUCCAUUUUUAGCCUCGAGUCGUAGAUGAUAUGUUUAAAAUAAACUGUGAUUCAUCAA